AUGUCUUAUUUAUUUUUAAUUUCCUUAAUAAUUUUUAUUUUAAAUACUUCUUUUGUUUUAUCCCAAGAACCAAUAUCGUUAAGAAAGGAAUUACCGGAAGAACGCUUAACUGUGCCAGGAAUAAUUAAAUAUUAUGGAUAUACUUGCGAAAUACACAAAGUUAUAACGGAAGAUGGAUAUAUUUUGGAAAUGCAUAGAAUCCCUUUUGGCCGUAAUUUUAAUGAAACAGAACAGAAAAAACCUAGAAAAGUAGUUUUUGCUCAACACGGAUUGUUGUCCUCUAGUUUUGAUUGGGUAAGGGUUUGCUUGUUUGGAAUAUACUAA